AUGGCGACAGGCCGGGCGGGCACCGCCUCCCCGCUCCAGCGCCGCUCGCCAUUGGCCGCYGCGCCCGCCCGUCAGGCACGGGGGCGGGGCCCGUGGGCAGGCCGCGCGCGGGUUCGUCAUCGCGGGGCGACGGCCUGGCUGGGUGUCAUGGCGGAGACGGCGGUUGUGGCGGUUGCGGCGGCGCCCAGCCCGGCCCAGCAUGGCGGCCGCGGCCCGGAGAGCGGCACCGAGGCGGAGGCGGCGGCCGCAGAGGUGGCGAGCAGCGCCCUGCGCGCCCUGGCCGGGCUGGCGGCGCAGCUUAACCUUGGCGACGAUAUCGUGAAAGUUGUAAUCGAUUGGAGCAAGCUUCAAAGCACAUCAGCACUUCAGCCAGUACUGCUCUUUAGUGCCCUUCAGCAGCAUAUUUUAAGUGUACAGCCUCUUUUAGAAAAACUGCAGUCAUUGAUUAAAGAAGAAAAUACAGACCAUGUUGAACCUGCAGGUAAAACAGAAGGCCAGACUUGUGAAACAAAUUUUGAUAUUUAUGACGGUAACCCUCAGACUGAAGAAAAGUAUGCAGGCUAUGACUCGGGAGAGCUGAAGGAUGUUCAUAUUAAUUUUGAUCCAGAGGUGGUCCAGAUAAAAGCUGGAAAAGCAGAAAUUGACAGGCGGAUAUCAGCCUUCAUCGAGAGGAAACAAGCUGAGAUCAAUGAAAAUAAUGUCAGGGAAUUUUGCAAUGUUAUUGAUUGUAAUCAAGAAAAUAGCUGUGCCAGAACAGAUGCAAUUUUCACACCUUAUCCUGGAUUUAAAAGCCAUAUAAAGGUUUCUAGGGUAGUGAAUACAUACGGGCCGCAGACGAGAUCCGAAGGAGCUCACGCUCCCAAUCACAAGGCCAGCGUCCCCAUUCCUGACUGUGGGAACCAAGCCAUCGAGGAAAGGCUACAAAACAUUGAGGCACAUUUACGGUUACAAACAGGUGGUCCUGUACCAAGAGACAUUUAUCAGAGAAUUAAGAAGCUUGAAGAUAAAAUUCUUGAGCUGGAAGGACUGUCGCCAGAAUAUUUUCAAUCUGUGAGCUGUUCGGGCAAGAGGAGAAAGGUCCAGCCUCCCCAUCAGAACUAUUCAUUGGCUGAACUUGAUGAAAAGAUCAAUGCUAUUAAACAGGCAUUACUGAGGAAAACAAAAGAAAGCAAGUCCAAGGAGGCUGAGCGGCUUCUCUGGUAAUGGAUAGAAAAAAAAGGAUCUUUUCAGAGUCUUCAUCAUGCUUUACACAUACCUAAAACAUAGACCUUCAGUAGUGCUCAUUGCUUUUAUGGCUAAAAUCAUCUCCAAAGCAUGCAUAGAUGGAUGAUUGAUAGCUUACUGUUGAGAAUAUUCAUUUUAAAGUGAUUAGUGAAAUAUUUACCUUAAAAUGGAGGAGUGUUUUAGGAACAGUGUUCUUAUCUGUUCCCUUCUGUUAUAAAGGAGGAUUGCAACAUUGUUCAUAUGUGGAAAGUUUUAACCUGCAUGAAAAAACUACAUUUCAUGUGUAAUUCUUGAUGCCAGAGUAUGUAAAAGGGCUGUCUUUUGAAUACUUGUAAUGUAAAUAGUUUGAACAAACUUGUGAAAUAAACUUGUGAGUUACU